AAGAAGACGGAGAACCCUCUGCGCGUUGGGCUGCUGGGCGCGUCGCGCAUCGCCCCGGAUGCUAUCAUAAAGCCUGCCAGAUGCCAUGAAGACGUGCUAGUAACAGUGGUGGCUGCUCGCAACAAGAGUCGUGCGGAAGAGUACGCUCAUAAGUGGAGCAUCCCCAAAUUCUACGGUGGAGAAAGUGGGUACCAAGAUCUGCUUGACGACGCGGAGCUUGACGUUGUCUAUAUCGGUCUGCCGAAUGCUCUCCACUACGAGUGGACAAUGAAAGCCCUUAAUGCCGGAAAGCAUGUUAUGUGCGACAAGCCUAUCGCAGACAACGAGGAAGAGACGCGAAGGAUGUUCUCUCUGGCGGAGGAAAAGGGGUUGGUGCUUUUAGAG